AUGUCUACUACUGCUUCUCGUUAUGCGGAUUAUGGUUCAGCAUGUCCACGAUGUCAACAAAUAAUCAAUACAAUUGAUAUUACAUUUCAACAAGGAAUAUUUAUAUAUGAUUUAACAUUUAUUCAACAAGAACUUGAAUCAGUUCUUGUUGCUGCUUUACAACGUGAGCAUGAACUUUUACAAGAAGAUGCUGAUAUAUUAAAAUUACCAUCAUCAUCAAUGAUUCGAUUAGCAAAUGGUAAAAAACCUCGUGAUUUUAAAGCUGAACGUGAACGAAGACGCAAAGCACUCGGUGGACAAACUUCAAGAAAACGUCGAAUAAAAAAAAAUUCAACCAAACAUUUUCUAACAACAAUUAAACGUGAACGAAAUCAUAAUGGUUCUAUAUUAUCUAAAAAAGAUUCUUGGAAUUCAAAAAUACGUUCAGAUAUGAAUGGAAAUUCUUCACGUCCAAUACGAUCAUAUCGUCCAAUAAGUUUUACAUUUCCAUAUUAUUAUGAAACCAAUUAUCGUAAUGGAAAUAAUCAUAAUUUAUCAACAAAUAAAUUACAAUUAAAUAAUAUUCCUUAUCCAGAUCAAUUUUGGACAAAAAUUCUAACAAAUCAAUAUGAAUUUAUUAAGGAUGAUAAAUGUAAUUUUAUUGAUAAAUUAAUUCAUAUUGAUCAAUCAUUAUUAAAUAAUUUUGAUUAUGAAAAAGAAUAUAAUCAAUAUAAAGAUAUUAUUAAUUCAAAUGAAUAUAUCUUUUCACAUGAUAAAUAUAUACAUCCAGAAUUAGAAUAUUCAGUUGUAAUUAAACAAAAUUCACAUUUAUAUAGUUUAGUUGAAAAUAUGUUAAAUAAUAAUCAACAUAAAAAUGGAUCAACAACAACAAAUAAUCAUCGAUUAAAAAGAAAACAUUCUGCCAUAUCAAAUAAUAACCAUAAUUCAUUACAAAUUGAUGAAUCUAUAUUGAACCUUUUUCGACGAGAAGAAAAUACUUUUACAUCAAAAUAUGCUGAACUUCAACAUCGACUUGCUGAAUCUCUUAGUUUAGAACGUUUAGCGCUUGAUCGUGCACGUAAACAAUGUAAACUCGAUACGAUUCAAAUUGAAAUCAAUGAAAUCGAUGAUAAAAUUCUUGAAAUAACAAAUUCAAUUCGUCAACGUAAACGACCAAGUGAAAAUGCUGUUUCUCUAUGCAAACCAGCAAGUCCAAUAGAUAAUAAUUGUACUAAUCAUCAUCAAAAUGAAAUAAAUGAAAGUGAAGCAUGGCGUAAAGGACGUCGACAAUCAACACUUCGAGUUUAUGAUGAAUUAGCACGUUUAGUUGAUGAACGAAUUGAUUUUGAAAAACAAAUCAUAGAGAUAAAUCCAUCCAUUCAGUUAUAA